AGAUGUUGUUCAUAAUGAGAUUAAUCUCUUUCCUGAAUUGGUGUUCUUAUAAACAUUUAGUGAAUUCGAGUAAUCAUUACCAGACUGUGUACCGGUUAAAUACAGAGUGCUAAGUUUUCGGUACCGACGAUUGCUUCAGUUUCCCUGAAACAGGGAAGAAGAGUGUGACGUAGUGCAAAUUCCGAACUCUCGCCAAUCAGAAAUCACACCUUUACGGACGUCAGGCCACUUAAGUAACGUCACAAGAGUGGGGGACGGAACGUGUUUUACCGUUCAGUCGGAAAUACCUAUAAAUAUUAGAAUCUGAUCCAUUCAAGCAACUUGUUGGAAAGAAGUAUCUAUUCCUUUUUGUUUGGUUUCGUCACCAUUGUAUGGAGCGUGAUAUACAGCCGUUAAAGUCUUUGUGUACAGCUGAUAAAAAUGCUGUGCACAAGUCUUUGUCGAAUGCCGUAUCUACUGGACCCAUUCUCCCCACAGGGGAGAUCAGUGCCGACAGAUCCCUGGAACCAACCGUCGGCCGCUGGGGCUGCGAAUGGCCAAGUUGACUCGAACACGGAAAUGUCUCCUGUUCAACUGGCACCCUCCUAGGGUUAACCGACCCCUGUCACGGGGCAUCUGGGGAUAUAUCGAACAGCGCCGGUAAUAACAGCUUGGCAGAACUCAUCGAAUUUGAGCAAGAAAACGGACCAUGGCCCAUUGAACAUCCACUACCGCUGCCCAAUUGGGAGGAAGACCCCAUUGAGCCCUACAAGUUGAAAUCUAUUAGGGAGUAUGAGUCGUUGGCCUGUGAAAUUGAGAUGCACCUGCGCAAAGUUUUGGAAGAACACAACUACGAUACCAUCGGAAAUUGGUUGAAGUUCUACGAGAGUUUCAAGAAAAGCGAUUGUAGUAGCGUACUUGAGUUCUUCCAUACGUACAACCCGCCAAUCACCCCGGAUCAUCACACCUGCGUUGGACUUGCUUUUGAACUUUGGAACCGCCUCAGCAUCGAACUAAAAGACAAAUACCCUGGAAUCGGAGGUCACAUCUGCGUUGUGUCUUGCGAAGAGGACAUAGACAGCAUGUCUGUGUACACAUCUUCUUAUCGUCUCGAUUCUCAUAUGUCGGCACGUCACACUUUGGAAAAAGAACAUGUGCUGAUGUGUUUGAAAGUAGAAUUUUCUGGGCGCACUGCGGUUAUGUUGUGCGAUCCUGGUUAUCACGUUGCCAGGGUUGUUACUGUCAUGGCUGAUGGAUGUUAUCCACAUACUGGUUGGUUCAUUCAGUCGGAGGAAAAUAAUAUCAGGAAGGAGUAUAACUACCAAUUGUAUCCUCACAACGCCAACUUUGUUGAAUGGACCGAAAGAGCAACCAGAAAUGGUAAAGAGGAAAAUUUCAGUGGAGCUAUUUAUGUGCGGAGGCCCUAUCUAACGGCAGUAGAUGUUACUGAAAGAAGAAACAUUGCCUACGACUUCAGGAGUUUGCUUUCACGAGAUCAGAAAGGGGAUUUGAUUGCUGGAAUAUAUUUCAAGGUCAAACCAAAUUGCGAUGAGUUCACAAUAUUUUAUCAGGAUAUGGGAAAACAGAGGAUAAAACUGAAGUUUUCGGACUGUAUGAAACCAAAGAUUGAUGAGGAUCUACUACAAAAAUUGUCUGUCUGUAAUGAUCAGCUGGAUUUGCCACAUCUCAGAUUGCUGGAUAUAAUAAAAAAAUCAGGAAUGAUCCUUCGAGACGCAGCUUUCCUUCAACAGAUUCUGGAGAUUGAUAGAUGCAUCAAACUUCUAUCUGAGAACAACUAGAAAGUAUCGCAUACAGUUUAUUUGUAUAAAUUCAGCUGUUACAGUUUUAUUCUCAUUAUAAUUAUUUUAGCAUUAGUUAUACUAUCCCCGGGUUACGGUCUUUAACUAUACUCAGUGAAAUUUUAUUGAUAUAUUCUAUACUUCUUACUAACUUAUUUCUUCUUUUUUCGAAGCUUAGUAACAGAAAGUAGUUGUUUUUGAUGGAUUGAUAUACUGUAUUUUUUCAUAGUUAUUGAAUUUUUUGCCACAUAAGCAACAGAUAUACCAAAUUUAACUUGAAAUAACAGUGAGUUUGUUGAAUGGAUUGAUGCGAUUUUUUCUGGAAGGUCAUCUCAAAAAUCAGUGAAGAAAAUCCAGAACCAAAUUUGUUACAGAGUUUGUUGGAAUGGAUUGAUGCAAUUUUUUCUGGAAGGCCAUCUCAAACAACUGAAGAAAAUUAAGGACAAAAUUUGUUACCCAGAUAUCAAAAUAGAAACUCAACAACUAGGAUAAAGGAACAUUGUCUGCUUUUCAUUUACACACAACUGAAACUGCCCUAUCCAAAACUGGAUGUGGCCUGGAGAUAUCUGGAACGAUUAAAUUCAUUGGAAUAUGUUAGGUUCAACUGGUACGACUGUUGACCUAUUUCCAUUAAAAAAAACCUUCUAGCUUGAAAUUUUGUAUCAAUUAUCAUACAAACGUUCAGUUUUUGUGUAACAAAUAAUAUUUUAACAAUGGCAAAUUAAUAAUAUAAAACAUACAGUAUAUCAGAAUUACUCGAGCAUAAAAAGCAACUGCUUGUUUUAGUGCAGUAUAUUAUAAAUUUUAUUUAGAGAAUUGAUAAAUAUAUGCUUAUAUUUGAAAUAAUAUCCCUUUUCAAUCAAAUACAGAGUUAUAACAAAUCACUUCUCAAAAUUGAACUUUUGUUUGAUACUUUACCUCAAGAUGAAAUUACCAAACAUGUAUAACACAUGCACGCUGUAAACACAAUAAUUGUUAUUAUAUUCUGUAUCAUUGUGAUAAUUUUUUUAAAACUACAUUUUUAUUGCAAUUCUUCUCAUUUAUAUUUCUACAUAAGCAUUUGUUCACUUCUAAAGUAUCUGGAACGAAUCACAAUGUUUUCAAAUAAUUUUAUAUAUCUUGGACACUGCAUUUGGUUUGGAAAAUAUAGAUUGAAAUCUUCAAA